AUGGAAUCAUCUUCCAAUCACACGGCAUGUCUCUUGAAGAUAGAAUCUCCUACGAAAUCAUUGGAAAAAUUGCUCAAGACCAUUGAUGAUGUAAAUUUCACAAUCGACAAGCGAAGUAAAACGGUAUACAUAUAUGGGAAAAUCGAUUCACAAAUAAUACUCGAAAAGAUUACAAAAGCAGGCAAGAAAGCUGAAAUCAUAUGGACCGAUAACGGAUGCCAAAAACCGCCCGAAAAUCGAAAAGACCAUUCGAUGCAACAAGGUUACUCGUCAGGGUCCAUGAAUGCUCCUAAUGGUUUCUCGAAUUAUCAUCAACAACAAUGCUAUUAUCCUCCACCAAAUUGGAUGUAUCAACAAUUUCAACCUUACCCUCAUGCUUUUGCUCUUCCACCUCCAUAUGUACGUCAGUUUCAUCCGCAGCCGCCUCCGCCAAAACCGUACGAAUACCACGAUAGUAAGCCGGCGGCUAAGAGUUUUCCGCCGACCCCAGCUCCGCCUAAGAACUUUACAAUGGGAGAUUUACAACCAGGAUGCAAGAUCAUGUGA